AUGGUGAGGCCGGCGGUGGGGUCGCUCAUGGCGCUGGGCAUGGCGCUGUUGUGCGAGCAGGGAAAGAGGAUUGGUGGGAAGCCAGAGGGCAGGUUCCCUUCGCCUGCACAGGGCUUGAUGGAGUUCUUCGCCAUGACGAGGGAGGAAGUAGUGGCAAGCUUUGGGAAGAUGGAGGUGGACGGCUGGCUCCUCCUCAAGGACAGGAGCCUGCCCGGGGGCUCCCAGGGAUGCGUGUUCCUCUCGGAGGACAAGAAGACCUGCAGUGUUUACGAGCACAGGCCCGCGCAGUGUCGAGUCUACCCCUUCUUUCCUAGGAUCAUGAAGACACCGGAGUCGUGGAACGCGGAGGUUGUGCGUCCGGGUUUUGACAGUUUGCAGGACGUGAAGGACGUGAGGUGGAACCAGAAGAAGAAGGUUCGCCGACAACUGGCAGCCUACGAAGAGCUUUACAUCAACUUCCCUCACGAGAAGCUUCUUGCUCAGACGUCUGCUGAUGAGUUUGAGCUCAAGGCGUCAUCGGAUGCGAUAUCGUCAUCCAUGGCGAACAAGAGAUCAGUUGCAAAGUCAGCAUCGUCGGAGGGGCAGGAGAAGACGACGAAAGCUCCCGCUCCGAUUCCUUACGAUCAAAUCUUUGCGAUAUCCAACCUAGUUAACCGCGAACUCCAAAAUUCUAAAGAAAGCAAGGAAGCCAAGAAAGAAGGCGAGGAAGUGCAAGAAAAUCGUGAACAAAUGAUCGCGGAUAGCGAUGAGAAUGUUCGAUUCAUCCGUGAAUGGGCUAUUCAACAUGUGGUGCGUCUAGGCCUCUGUCCCUGGGCGAGCGGAGUCAUCGACAGGAUCAGGAUCAUCGUGAGGGAGGACAUCACCGAUGAGGAGGACGCCAAAGAUCUCUUCAUCGAAGAAGCAAAGAUGCUGAUCGACACGCCAGAGGAUGAAUUACCCACCACCAUCCUCGCGUUUCCCAACCUCUACCCUGACUUUCUUGACUGGAACGACUUCAGCGAGGUCAUGGAGGACGAACUUGAGAACGGAGAACUUUACGAGAUUGGCGAGCACGUCUUGAUAGCUGCGUUCCACCCUCAGUUCGAGUUUGGGGGACUGGAGCCGGAGGAAGCAUACUUGAACUACGAGAAGAGAGCUCCUUUCCCGAUGAUCAAUCUCCUGAGAACGGAGGCGAUAGACAGGGGAGUCAAGAUCGGAUACACAGCAGGCAGACGAUCCCGCACACUCGUCAAACACCCUGACACUGCGCGAGGAGAGGGACGCAGGAUGGAGGCAGAUAUGGAAAGAAGCCUUCCUGCUCGACAAGCUGAGAGCGAGGGGCGAGAGCUGUCCUCCAACACAACAAAGGAGGCGAGCAGCACACCUCGACGGGACGAUUCCAUCCUCUCCAUGUUGAACCUUUCCUCAAGCAUCUGGCCAAGGACGACCCAGCGCCCGUCCGGGCUGUCGAGCAUAGCGGCCCCUCCCCGGCAGGAGGAGGCGAAAUGGAAGGAGAAAGCGGAAGCCGCCAGUCAAACCAUCCUCAAGCUGCAGGAAGAGAACUCCAUGCUCAGACAGACAGUGCAGGAGGCACAUUCGUUGCAGGUCGAGAAGAUCGCUGCAGUACAGGUAGAAUGCAACAACAAGCUCCGCGAGGUCAAACAGAAUUCCCGGAAGCUUGAGAAGGAAUGGGAAGCAAUGCUGGCGACGAAAGAAAAAGAGCUCGAAGAAACUAAGAUUGAGAUGGCGAGCUUGCUGCGUAAGCGAGACGAGGACAAGAUUGAAAUCGACGAACUUUCAGCUCGGGUCCGAUCCCUUGAUUCUCAGCUCCUGGAGAAGAGGAGGGCUGAGAGUUCUCGAGAUUCGACGCUCGCAGCACAGGCGCGGAGGGUGGAGGAGGUGCUGGAGGAGAAGGAGAAGGAGCUGGUAGCCAGGAUUGCAAGCUCUGCAAGAGAGAUUGAGAGCUUCCAGCACCAGCUCCUGGCCCAGCAGAGGCGCAUCGAGGACCUCGAGCUGGAGGUCGAGCAGCAGCAGCAGCAGAGGUCUGACCUGUCCGACGCGAUGCAAGCGGUCAAGGAGAGGAGCGUGUCCCUUCAGUCCGAGGUGGCCGCCAGCGUUACUUGA